AUGGAUUCGAUCACCCCAGCCCUUUCAGAAAUCAGAGGGAGGACCUCAGAUGCCAGGACUCUGUGGGUAACUUCCAGCAGCCUGGACAGAGAGAAAGACCAGAACAGCGCCAUCUUUUCUGGGUUUGCGGGAUUCCUUGCCAUCCUCCUGACCACUGUGAUUUUCUACAGCCUGUGGAACUGGAAUAAAUGGAAGAAGCACCGACAAGUUCCUCACUUCCGAGUUACCGUCAUGCCCUUACUCUCUCUGUCUCGACCCAGACAAGGAACCAAAAAUAUUUAUGACUCCUUGCCCCAGAGGCAAGAAGACCUGGGGAGACGUCAGUUGAGGAGUAACCGUAUUUUCAGCACCGAGAGCCUCCUCUCCAGAAAUUCUGAUAGACCUCCUUCUGAGCCUGUGCCCUCCCAAGCAGCCAAUGCCCUCUGGCUGCACAGAGACCAUAAUCCUGCCAACAGCUAUGCAGUGGGCAUCUAUGACAAUGCCACAGGGCUCCAGAUGUGUGGGGACCUCACUCCCUCAGCAAACUAUGUCAAUGUCAAAGCAGCCCGAGACUGCCUGAGCAUUUCUUUAGAGGAUUCGAGAGAUUACAUCAAUGUCCCCACAGCAGAGGAGAUUGCUGAGUCUCUAGCUUCUACCAACAGCACCCCCGCAAACCUCUUUGCCCUCCCACAUGCCCAGGAGCUGGAGUUUACUGAGGAAAAAGACAAGGGCUGUGGGAAUGCCAGUGACCGCACCUGUUUUUGGUCUCCAAGAUCUGAGAGCGAUGAUCCACUCAGAGAUGAGGAUGGUUCUUCUGAGACCUCAAAUGACUACGUCAAUAUGGCAGGGUUGAAUCUGGAGACCCUCCAGGGGAAGCAGCCCCAGAUGGCUUUCCAGUGCUACAGAGAUUAUGAAAAUGUCCCAUCAGCAUCUACCAUUGGAAACCAACAGCAGGUGGAGGAAGAAGUGACCUCCUCAAACACGGACCAUGUGGAAGGCUGGACGGAUGGUCCAGGUACCCACAUCCAAUUUGUCAUGCAGUCAGGGACGUUCCUGGCUCUAGGGGAACAUGUGACCUGUCAGCCAUCUGCACAGAGUGAGACUAGUCAGAUAAAACAUGGAGAAGAAAUGUCAAAUGACAUUUCUAGCGACUAUGAGAAUGUGCCAGCUGCCAAGUCAGGAGACAGGGACUCCAAGCAGGGGCCAGACACAUAG